UAAAACUCAUAUUGUUAUGUCAAUAGACAUUUGUAUGAGGUUAGGUUAAAGAAUAAUUAUUUUAAUUGAACAAUAUCUAAUCUAUCUUAAUAACUGACUUUACUACUGGAAAAUGUCGACACGCUGGUAUCCUAUUUAUCAGAGAGGAAACCCGCAAUUAAGGGUAUUCUUACCAAAUUUUUGGAUGAAGAUUGUUCGACCUGCACCCAAACAGUUGCCUAAUGUAGUUCAGUUUCAGUGCUCUAUUGAAAUGACCAAACAUGACAUUAAGAACUACCUAGAGAAAAUUUAUAAUAUCCCUGUUGUUGAUGUGAGAACUAAAAUAUCUUUAGGAAAGUUCAAAAGAGAUGUUGGUAAAGGAUACAUUGUAAAAGAUGAUGACAUCAAAAAUGCUUUUAUAGUGUUGCCUAAGGAUAUGAAGUUUGAGUAUCCUAAUAUAUUUGGUGACAAAGAUGGGGAUGAAGAUCAAGAGAAAGCAUUAGACGAGGCCAAAAAGUCAUUUAAAAAUUAUAUUGAUCGCAAUAAACACAGACCUGAUGUUCCAAGUUGGUUUACGAUAUAAAAACUUUGAUAUAAUUUAGUUUUUAAUUAGUCCAAAGUGUUAAAUAAAUAUUUACAUGUAA